UGCCGGACUGCUUUAGCUGCAAUUACCGCCCAAAUGAAUGCAGUGACGUUCCGAGGAAACAAAGUAAAUUCGGCGUAUGCACUGGCUGCAUUCCUGCCUUUCAAAGUCCGUCCGAAGUGGACAACCAGCCAGACCAAGCAGGUUUCCCAUUAGCUGACGGCUACUUCGGUUUAAAUGUCAGACUGUGGCCCGUGAUAACUCCGUUAAUCAUGAAUAAUAAACAAGGCGGUCCCUCUAUUGGCUGGCUAUUUAAGUAUCUGAAGGGGCAAAGUUGAGUUAAUCGAUUGUAAGUGGGUGUACUCCAUCUUCCUCCUUCGUUUAGGUCCCCUCGGUGGAGAUAGUAACAGCCCGAUGUAUUUACUACUACUACUACUACUACUACUACUACUACUACUACUACUACUACUACUACUACUACUACUACUACUACUACUACUACUACUACUACUACUACUACUACUACUACUACUACUACUACUACUACUACUACUACUACUACUACUACUACUACUACUGCUACUACUACUACUACUACUACUACUACUACUACUACUACUACUACUACUACCACACCACCACUACUACAACUACUAAUAAUAAUAAUAAUUUUUAUUAA